GAACGCGUUGCUUUAGUUUCGGUUCCGUUCGCCUUUAAGAAGUAUCAAGGAAUAUCGGAUAAAGCCAUGGAUAUCGCGGAGUAAUAAUAUCACGCGAUAACGUAACAAAAAGAUUAAUAUUUCCAAUAAGAAAUAUAUGUUUUUUUGGCAUUGAUAAUAUAUACAUAGAUGGUACUAAAGUGAAGCCUUGAGGAAAUGCCACCAGCUCGCAGCUGAGCUGCAUUCGCCGUUUGUCGUAGUGGUCGUGUCCUCUCGCGAGUGUGUGGGUGUGCACCGUGUGUUAUUUGGGUCAAAAGCUGCAUCAGCACAAAGUUCCCGUUACCGUUCCCGUUCCUGUCACCAGGGGGUGUCCACCUGUUAUGCAGCUGGUCUAGAAUCUCCGACUGGCUCGACUCGGCUUGGAUCCCAAAAAACUAGGAUCCCUGAUGGAGGCGAAGGUGCACCGCCAGCACCAGCGGCAUCGCCGCACGGAAGCACGUCAGAGGCGCCUGGAACGCGAGGCGGCCGCCACUGGAGGACCACCACCACCCACCACGCCCGAACGUGCGGAGGCCUUGGACUGUGCCACCGCCCUCAAUGAGGGCGUGGUAUCAGCGGAUCCGGGCGGCAGCGGCGGUACGCCUAGUAGUGCAGGUCGCAUUAGUGCCCAGAGUUCGGCGGACAGCAUCGAGCUAGUUGGUUCACCCAGUCAGACUUCCCAGCAAACGGUCGUUCUAGUCAAUGGCCAUGCCCCACCCGGCCAAGGAGAGGAGGAGGAGGAGUCACCAUUGGGGGUUAGCAAUCCACGGGAAUCUCCACCCCCGCCCAAGCAAAGCGACGGCAGUCGCAACUCCUCCGGCGAUGCGAUGAGCCUGCGAGAGACCCUGCAGCAAUUACCGGCCACCCAUCAUCAUCGCUCGAGGCGCGAUCUAGGAGAUCCGGAUGCCUCCUUUCAUCGGGGAAUACUUGGGUAUAUGGAUCGGGAGCUAAAGCAGUGCUCGCCCACGCCAUCCGCCCCCGCCGGAAUAGGAACGGGAAACGGAAAUGGCAAUGGCACUGGGGCCUCCCGAAAACAGCAGUCCCUGUCGGAUCCCCAAGCAAGUCCCGCCCAGCGCUCCCUGCGGUCAAGGAGCAGUUUCGAUAAGAGUCCUCGUCGAAAAAGGAGCAAGUCAGAGUCUCGGAGGAGACGCGAACGAAAGCUUAUUGCCGCCGGGGAAAUGGAAGUGCGCCAGGCCAACGAAACUCUGAUGCGGUACCUCAAACAAUGCUCCGACAUGCAUGACGCCUCGCUCUCCGGCGAACUAGAGAUCGACCAGAGCCUCGAAGAGCGUCGCGUCCAUCGGAAGACCAAGUCGCAAAGGGACAAACGGGGCCAAUUAAUCAGCAAACUGUACUCGGCUGGCGGGAUAUCUUCGAUACUGAAGGAGCUGGCCGACGACAUAGCUCCUGCCGAGGGUGAGGAGAUCUACAACCCAUUCACGCCGGUCGUCUCGCCCACGGACGAUGCGCCCGCGCACAUAGACAAGAUGUUCCUGCAGACGUCAUCCGGAUAUCGACCCGUGGAGCAUAGCUACUACAAGCGCUCCUUCCUGGGGGCCGCUGUUCGUGGAUCCGCCGGAAUUUCGGUAUCCGGUGUAGGAAGCGGAGGUCGCCUUGAUGGCAUCUCUGCCGCAGAGUUGGGUGGCGCCGGUCGCCUCUUUCGCUCUAGCGGCAGUCAUGGUGGUUCCGGUAUCGGCGGAGCAGCCAGCGGCUUGGGGAGUGGGCGUGGCAGUUAUGGAGAUACCCGCUGCCUGCUCGAUGGCGACUUCAGUCGCAAUGGCAUCACCAGCAACAUACAACUAGCCUGUGUAGUUCAACGAAUCUGGCUGCUCAUCUCGAAUAUAUGCCACGGUCUGCUAGCCGGUCUAGCAUUGGCCCAUCUACUCUUCGUGCUGAGCAGCCCUCCCAUGGACUGGGCCAAGGUCAUCAAUGGCAUGAGUCUCGCUGGCGAGACGAUGUCAUCAACCGCCCAACCCCCAACUGCAUCCACAUCUGCAUCGACACCAUCAGGGAUAGAUAUCAACACUAGCGAUCGGGGAACGGAGUCGAGCGGAUCCUCAUCCUCAUCAGCGUCCCUGGCCCUCAUAAGCGAUUAUGCGGGAUUUGCGGAGAUCUACUUGAAUACCUUCUACUGCUUGGCCAUAAUCUGUCUGGUUUCUGUUUUCGAUCGCAUGGACAUCUGCCGCUGGAGCUUCUCGAAUGCCAGUGAACUGAUCUCGUUUCGUUGGCUCAUCAUCACCAUGAUCUAUGUGGCGACAAUAAUCCUAACCAUAUGCUCCGAUUCCAUCGACGAGAAGCUGUACCUGUUCAACAAUAAUGCCAACAUAACGCUAACGCAACAAGAGAUGCUAAGCAACAGUGUGCAGAGCGUUUGGAGCAGUCUGUCGGUUACGAGGAGCAUUGCCGCCAUAUCGGGAUGGAUUAUGAUCGGACUGACGCCGCAGGAGGAUAUGCUAUAUGAGCACCUGGUGGAUCUUACCAAAUAUCAGUUGACAAAUAAUUGAAUUUAAGGCGAACGCGACAUUAUGACAAGUUGUAAAUAGUUUUGUAGUUGAAUUCUUAGCAGCUGUUGUUCAGUUAUUGGCUUUUUAUAUGUACGGCAUAAUCGAAACGCAAUAGGACUCUUAUGUAUACCCAAAUCUUAAGCUUUAAAGUCGUCUCUUAAGGAUUCACAUUGAUGCCCUUCACAGGCCGCUAGAACAAAUCGAAACCAAGAUGAAAACCAAUUAAAUGACAACCACGGAACCUAAUGGUUAACCUUCGAGUUAGUUAACUAAGCAAAUAUAGUAAACGCAGGCUAUAGAUACAAUAUAAAGAAUGAAAACAAAUAUGAAAUACCUAUAUUUACCAAAUAGAUGUAUCCAUGUACUUAUGCAUAUAUACAAUAUGUUACCUAUAUAGAUAUACACAUAGCUGAUAUACAUUAUAUAUGCGAAUAUAGAAAUAUUUACAAUACUUGAAAUCAUUUUUCUUACACAUAUCGUCUAAAGAAACGGAAUCCUUUGUUUUUUUUUCAUCGUUGCGGCAAUUUUACAGAAUGAAAGGCUUCCCCAAAUUAGCUGCUGAGUCGAUAAAGGUUGAAAGUCUAACUAAAUUAAUAAUAAUUUAAGCAGAUGUCAUUUGUAAAAAGUUUUGCUAAGCGGCAAACAAAUGUGUGUACAUAGGAAUAUAUAGAAAUUAUUUACACUGAGAAUGUUGAAUUAUAUACCCAAAUAACAUUCCAGUGUACGAGUACUGCAGGCUUUAAAGAUGUUGAUUUCUGUUUUCAAAUUAGUUUCUAAUUUGCCUUCUUAGUUUGUGAUUGAUAUGAUAUUUGUUAAAUUCACUUUUUUAUAAGGCAUUAAGACGACAAUUUGAACUUUUACCUGAGCUGUAAAUAAACCGAGUGCAAUAAAAUAACGAAUAUUAAAGUUUAAUAUACACUAACCAAUAUACAGAGACAAAUGUAAUGAAGAAAUAUAUAUAGAAAAACGAGCUAACGAAUCGAUCAAAGCGAAUGACAAGGAAAUCUCAUUGUAAACUUGUAUAUAAAAAAUAUAAACGCAAAUAAACAAGAAUAAUGUAUAAAGGCAUGAAAA